CUGUGAAACCUUACUUCUUUAACACAAUGAGACGAUCACCGUCGUCUCGUUGUGUUGUUUUUCUUUUCUGUAUUGCCUUGUUGUUCCAUGUAAACAGCGGCCAAGAUGCCGGCACGGGUGAUUAUGGUGAUACAGAGGCCGCAGCGGCUCCUCCUCCUCCUCCAGGUUUAGACGAGUGUAAUGGGAUUUUUUUGACUUACAAUCUUAAUGGACGAGAAAAGGAAUUGCCCUACGUUAAAAACGCCACCGCACAGGCUUGGGCGUUUAAGGCGAUGGCGACGAUUGUGAACGCUGGAACGGAGGAGCUAAAGGCGUGGAAAAUGCAUGUGGGGUUUCAUAAUCAGGAGAUUUUGGUGUCGGUUUCUGGCGCCACCAUUGUCGACGGAACAGAUUUUCCUACAACGGUUGGGAAUGGAACCACCUUUAUGGGAAACCCAAUGGCGGAUUUGAAGACCUCCAUCGAUACCGCUGGUGAUUACAGUCAGAUUUCAGCUAAGAUUGAUAUCAAAGGUACGGAGUUCGGAGUUAAGCCACCGGGUGUCCCCAUGCCGAAGUCCCUCAAGCUCAUGAAUGAUGGAUAUGUUUGUCCUGGCCCGACUAGAAAAGGUAAAUCCUAUAUGCAUGUAUGCUGCAGAAGGAAUCCCAAAAUCAAGGCACCGCCGGUCAAAUCCACCAAAUUUGCCCCACGUCGGAAGGGAGAUCUCUCCAUAAUAUAUGAUGUAAUUCAGGCCUAUGCGAACAAUUAUCUUGCUGAAGUCACCAUUGACAACGUCAAUCCUUUAGGCCGUCUUGAUCAUUGGAACUUGACCUGGGAAUGGCAAAAUGGUGAGUUCAUUUCAGCCAUGAGGGGAGCUUACACUCGAAGAAAGGGCGCUAGAGAUUGCAUUUAUGGCCCUGCUGGGAAAAUUUACCAAGAUUUUGAUUUCUCAACUGUCAUGAGUUGUGAGAAGAAGCCCGUCAUUUUUGACCUGCCUGCUGAUAGAAAAGACGAUGAGAAAAUUGGCAAGUUACCAAAUUGUUGCAGAAAUGGUAGUCUUUUGCCAAGAUUGAUGAACGAAAGCCAGUCAAAAUCGACUUUCCAGUUGCAGGUUUUUAAGCUGCCCCCUUAUAACAACAGAACUGCCCUUUUCCCACCAUUGAAAUGGGCUAUCAAUGGCGUUAUAAAUCCGCAUUACAAAUGUGGCCCUCCAAUCAGAGUUGACCCAACUGAAUUUCCAGACCCCAGUGGCCUUCCAUCUGUCACCACUGCGAUUGCAAGUUUUCAAGUUGUUUGCAACAUCACAAAGCCUGAGAAACAAAAAACCCGGUGCUGUGUUUCCUUUUCGGCCUAUUACAAUGAAUCUAUCAUCCCUUGCCCGACUUGUGCUUGUGGGUGCCCAAAUCCUGAUAAAUGCAACCCCAAGGCUAAAGCUAUGCUGCUUCCUUCUGAGUCUCAGCUUGUGCCAUUUGACAAUAGAACUGACAAAGCUCUUGCUUGGGCUAGUCUCAAUCACAAGCCUAUUCCUAAGCAAUUGCCAUGUCCCGAUAAUUGUGGAGUGAGUGUAAAUUGGCACAUCAAUUCUGAUUAUAGAGACGGAUGGUCAGCUAGAAUCACACUCUUCAACUGGGGUGAAACCCCAUUUGCAGACUGGUUCACAGCAGUGACAAUGGACAAGGCUUAUGAAGGCUAUGAAAAUGUGUAUUCCUUCAAUGGCACAAAAUUGCCACAAGUAAACAAAACCCUAUUCUUCCAGGGUUUACCAGGGCUGAAUUACUUGGUGGCUGAGACAAAUGGGUCUAAGCCAGGUGAGCCAAGGGUGCCUGGAAAACAGCAAUCUGUGAUUUCAUUCAGGAAAAAACGAACCCCACAUCUAAAUAUUCAGAGGGGUGAUGGGUUUCCCACUAAGGUGUUCUUCAAUGGCGAAGAAUGUGCUCUUCCAACUGAGUUUCCUGUGAGAGAUGCAGCUGGGCUUAGACCUCCUGUGAACUUCGGGCUUGUUGUGUUGAUGGGGGUCCUGAGUUUCGUGUUGAUGCAGGAUAGAUUCCAUUAAAACUGGCUUCCAUUUGGCGUUUUCUUGUCUUCCUUUGGAGUCUGUUCUUGUAGCAAAGAUGAAUUUCAAAGGUGGCGCCAGGAUUGUAAAAGUUGAUUUGGAUAUUGCC